GCGAACACGAGCAAUAACAUACAUAGCUCUAGUCGGCAGCUCCGGCGCAGCUAUCCAACAGUAAUAAUAAUAUUCGCCAUUCGGGUUUAGCGUCGUAAACACAUUUACUCCCAUUGAUAUUGCUAUACUUCUGCCUUUACUUUUGUUUUGACUUUCGUGCACAUCUCGGGUUUACCAACUGCUUCGUUCCAUUGUUCGGUUCCAGUUAACGUUGUUGCUGUUAUUUUUGUAUCAUAUGUAUAAGUGGCACAAUCGUGUUGUUGUAUAGCUGUACGUUGCGCUGGUUGGCGGUGGCACAUCGUCUUCGUACUUUUAAAUUGCAUUCCGAUAUAUUCGGUUUUUGCUUACCACCGUGGUUGUUGUUAGUUUUGGCCAAUUUGUGUCGGCCUAUACAGGAAUUGUCGCAACAUAUCCUGAUGUUCUGUUUUGAGUAGCUUCGUAUUCAGUUGCACAAAGGAUUCUGCACGAAUUGGACGCGAGUGUUUAGUGCGUGAAGCUUAGGCUUCGACAUUUGCUUGCUUAGUUCGGUAGUACUCCGAAUAUUGAGUUUACAUGGUCUGUUCUAAAUAUUACAAUUAAUUAUUUCAAACUUAAAUACAAUAUAAUAAAAAUAAUAAUAACAAUAAACCAUAUAGUGAGAAGAACAUAAAACCUUAAAGAAGAAAAUAUGCGUUUGUGAUUGUUUUUAAUUGCAUGUUCAGAUGUUCAGAGGAGUAAAAACACAUACAAAAACAAUUAAAAAAUAAAACGAUUUAUUUCCCAAAUUUUUUGCUAAUAACAAUUUGAGGACAAAUCAUAGAAGAAUACUUGAAAGAUUGGGGCGGUUAAAUCGGCAGUGAAUAAUGUGCAAACGUCAAUGUCUCCUUUGUUACGAAUUAAUGUACUGUGCGAACUGUAUAAAAAAAGAAGUAAGCUGAUGGGCCUUUGGUCUCUAAUCGGAGCGCUCAUUGUGCUCUCAGCAACAGGUGGGGAUUCCACCAGCAAAAUUAUAGCGCCACAACGAAGUAGCAGUAUUAGCAGCAGCAGCCAAGCCAACGACAACGCAGGUUACACCACAGCAACAGUAAGUGUUGUCGGCGCAGCCGGUAGUCGUGUCAGCGGAAGCAGAAAUGGGGUUGGAGGUGGCACUGUUGUCAGUGGCAAUGGUGUGAUAGUGGCAGGUGGUGCUGGACCUUCGUCUAUGUUAAAUGCUGUUGUUGAAGAACCCGAAUUUACUGAAUACAUCGAAAAUGUAACUGUACCUGCUGGAAGAAAUGUUAAAUUGGGCUGCUCUGUAAAAAAUCUUGGAUCGUAUAAGGUUGCAUGGAUGCAUUUUGAACAAUCUGCAAUAUUAACGGUGCAUAAUCACGUGAUUACGCGCAAUCCGCGCAUCAGCGUAACACAUGACAAACAUGAUCGACAUCGUACUUGGUAUCUACAUAUAAACAAUGUACAUGAAGAGGACAAAGGACGUUAUAUGUGUCAAAUAAACACCGUAACGGCGAAGACGCAAUUUGGAUAUCUGAAUGUGGUUGUACCACCCAACAUCGAUGAUGCACUCAGUUCCAGUGAUGUUAUUGUACGUGAAGGUUCUAAUAUAUCUUUGCGUUGCCGAGCCAGUGGUAGCCCACGACCGAUUAUUAAAUGGAAGCGGGAUGACAAUUCAAGAAUCACAAUCAAUAAAAAUCACAUUGUGAACGAAUGGGAAGGUAAUACUCUGGAGAUUACAAGAAUAUCUCGGCUUGACAUGGGCGCCUACCUCUGUAUAGCAUCGAACGGAAUACCUCCAACAGUGUCCAAGCGCGUUAAGGUCAGCGUAGACUUCCCUCCCAUGCUUUUGAUACCACAUCAAUUGGUUGGGGCUCCAGAAGGUUUCAACGUUACAAUUGAAUGUUUCACGGAAGCACAUCCAACUUCGUUAAACUACUGGACUCGCGGGGAAGGCCCCAUUAUACACGACUCCUACAAAUACAAGGUGGAAUCUAGUGUUGGUGUUCCUGUUUAUAAAACUCAUAUGAAAUUAACCGUUAUAAACGUUAGUAGUGGCGAUGAUGGAAUUUACAAAUGUGUGGCCAAAAACCCACGUGGAGAAACCGAUGGUGUAAUUCGGCUGUACGUUUCAUAUCCACCAACCACAUCACCUUCUGGACCUUUUUCUACUGAAAUUCGCUGGGAUGUGUUUUUCGGGCACGGCAGUGAGACGUCACGAUCAAGUUAUGGCCAGGACAAAAGUACACGUUUUCUAUCCAAUCUAAAUGAAAUCGGCAUAUCAGAACGAAAAUCAUUUGCUGAAAAAACCAAUGGCGGCCCAGGAACAAGUAGCACCGAUGCAGCUCGCGAUGAUAAGCAUCAUCUAAAUGGUGGAGCGCUGUCAAAAAUAUUGGCCAAUAAACCAAUGUGGAUUGCUGUUUUUAUAGUAUUCGGGCUAUGUUUAUGAGGGCUUCACAUUGCAUGUUCCAAUCUUUAAUACCGAAGCAUAAGUUCAUUAUACAUAUAUAUCUACAUAGGUACAUAUAUCACAUAUGCAUCUGAAAUAUAAUAUGUAAUGUAAAGCUUUCGUAACACACAUUACUUCCCAAAUGCCUUCAUACUCGUUCUCUCAAAUCAUACUACUUCGCGAUCGCAUGACCAUAUCCAUAUAUAUAUACAUAUAUAUCAACAUAUACAAUAUAAAUAGGAAUAUGUAAGUUAAAUAAUGCUGUAAAUUAUGACCCUUAUAUAGAUAUUUUUAAUAAAUAAUCAAAUGCUAGAAUCACAGGAAAAAAACUGUAUAAGAGAGUAUUUAGUACGGCGUUUAAUGCGCUUUUGUUGCCUUUUAGCAAAAGAAAAAUAUCAUUGCGGCGAAACGCCUAAUAGUGCUCUAGGAAAAGCUUAACAUAUCCCUAAGAUGAGAUUAAUGCUGUAUAUAUAUAUAUAUAUAUAUAUAAAUAAAGAAAUACAUAUACGCAAAUAAAUAUAUAUAUAUAUAUAUAUAUAUGCAAUUAUAAGUGCAUAUAUGUAUGCAUAAAAACCAAUGUAUUAUCAAUAUACUAUAUACUAUGUGCUGUCGAUGAUUUAAAGAACAUACUUAUAUCUUGAAUAAGAAAACAUACCUUAAUAAUCACAAAAGGAAAAAAAUCAGGUACUAUGAUUUUAUCUUCAAUAGCUCAAAUAAUAAAAUUUUCAGGAUUCUCAACAAAAGAAAUAUUUAAUAAAAGCUACCCGUAUAAAAUGGUGAAAACAGAUCCCAUUGUGUAAACCUAAAAGUAA